AUGCUCGAUAUAAAGCUGGCCCUGAGCCCCUUCUUCCUUUUACUAAAUCCAAGCCAUUCAACAAUCAACCUUCUACUACUCCAAACCGUUCCUCUACAUCUUCACUCCAAGUCCUUGGGAUAUACUCCGAACUCACUAUUUCUCUUCUCCUUCUGCGAGUUUUCUAAUUCGGUCCUCAAUUCCACCGAAAAGAUGUGUUCCGUGUACAUUUUCGAAUACGACUGCGGCUGCACCGUCGCCGAGGGAGGUGUUAUCCCCUGCGCGAAGAAGGGCACGCCAGAAUGCAAUGGCGUGAAGGAAUACCACCGCAGGCGAACUGGCUACAACUGCCCUCUACACGAGUGA